AUGAUCCACUUCGCCGCCUACUCCUACGUGCAAGACUCCUUCGAAGACCCGCGGGGGUUCACGCUCGGUGAUGUGGUGGCUACCCAGCGGCUGUUAGAGGCUAUAAGGCAUCAUAGCGAGGUCAGUCGGACUAGAAGGUUCAUUUAUGUUAGUACGGAUAAAGUGUAUAGUGAUGCGACGGGGAGGUUCGUAGAUGAGACGGAGCAAUUCAUGCCUACGAAUCUAUACUCGGCGUCGAAGGCGGCGGCUAAGAUGUAUGUUUCGGCGUACGCGAAGUCGUUCGAUAUUCCGGCGCUGGUGGUACGGAGCAACAACGUUUACGGGCCUUGCCUAAACGUGCGUCGCUACCUCUACGCGGCCGACGCAGCCGACGGUUUCGACACGCUCCUGCACAGAGGCAUCGUCAGCGAAGCGUACAACCUGAACUCGUCCUUCGCCGUCACCAACCUCGAAGUCGCAAUCCAUAUGCUUGAGAUCUUCGGGUAG